AAAAAAAACCAUCAUCUAAAAAAUUAAUAAAAUUCUGUUGAAAGUGGCGAAUGCCAAAUGCUAUGAUACAAGAAAUGAAAUCUAUACAAUUGAAGGAGAAGGUAAUUCAGAGAAGCACAAGAAAAGCUCUGUCGCUCCGUAAAUAAUCUUUCCGUCUCUUACUUUGUGCAAGAUUUUUGGGCUUUCAUCAAUUCACCGUUGAGCAUACGAGGUGACAAACAAAGUGAUGGUGAAAGCAUACACGCAAGAGUACACAUACAAGCACCCAUGGGAGAGGGUGACUUCUGCAUCUUGGAAAAAAUUUGCUGAUCCUGAAAACAAACGCACUUUGUCACAUAUCCUUGAAGUUGACACUCUGAACCACAAGCUUGAUCCUAGUACUGGAAAGCUUUACACCACACGUGCAAUCACUGUCCAUUCCCCAGGACCAUGGUUUGUUCGCAAAAUUGUUCGCCAGGAUGUCUGCCACUGUGUUGAAUCAACGGUUGUGGAUGCGAAAGAACGAUCAAUGCAACUCACCACCAACAAUAUCAGCCUCGAAAAGUUUAUAGAGGUGGAGGAGAAGAUCAGGUAUGAUCCCCACCCAGAAAACCCAGAUGGGUGGACAAUCUGCCGACAGGAGACUAGUAUCCGAAUCAAACCAUUAUCAGCAUUGGCAUCGAUGGCAGAAAAGGUUGAACAACGCUGUGCUGAGAGGUUUGUACAGAAUAGUGCAAAGGGUAGAGAGGUUAUGGAGAGGAUAUGCAAGUAUCUUGAAGCUGAAUCUAAAGGGCUUGCUAGAUCAUAGGGCAUGUGAACUCUUUC